GCAAUAAAAAAUUAAAAAACUCGAUAAUAAAAAAUAACUUUUCGUUUUCGACUCAUAGUCCAUUUUCACAAUCUGGCAAACGUAAAACGGGCCCCCACUCCUCCCAGAUUGCAGACUACAAUUUAGGGAACGUCACAUGGAAAAUAAAGAUGGAACGUUUCUCUCUCUCUCUGUCUCUUUUAAAGUGAUAGUAUAAAUAAAAAUAAAACUUCCAAGCAGAUAGUUUGUGCACUUCACAAUGGUAAUUCUACUAUUUUGGCAGAUGGAAAGGAUUCCAAGUUACCAAUCAACUAAUGAUGACCUCCAACCAUUUUUGGACGGCAUUCUGCUCAAGCUGAUGGUUUUUCCACGUUUUUCGAAUCAUUUUCCGUUUUUCGAAAUUACUAGGGGCCGAUAUGACAGCUACGAAAACGCUUGGAUUGACGGCCACGUUCGGACACGGCUGGAUGGUGAUGGGGUACCGGAAGGAAAGGACGUCGUUGAUCACCGGACCGAAUUCCGGUUUCAGUGGUUCCGCAUUAGCUAAAGGUCCGAAACAUAUACUGGCCAACAUUUGAUGUGUCUCAGGCUUCUUCUAAGGGGAAACAUCGUCAGAUAAAUCGUCGUGUACACCGUGAAAUUAUACCCUCCUUCUAAGAUGUCAGUUGUCCGACAGCACAUGAGGUUAUCUUCCUCAAUAAAGUUCGGUGACACGUACCGGCCGAAGCAGUCGCAUCAAAGGAACGAUCAAACAUUAAAGAAAUUAUAAGAAUAUCCGGCAUUGACCUGUUGUUAUGUUAUACCAUUGUCCGAUAUUGUCCUCUGCUGAACCCUGGAACAUCCCAUGGAACAUGUUCAAACGGCCGCAAUUAUUGUUGAAUUUUACCGACGAAUCGAUUCAAUUUUCUGGCGGAAGGCGAAGCGGAGAAAGUGCAGGAAAUAGGCGGUCCAUUUUUCUCAAAUUCUCAGUAACUCGAGUAUAGCAAAGUCAAACACAAUCGGUCAUGUGAUCGAAUUUGAAGUAGCAAACACUGGCAGACUCUAAUCGAAACUAUCGCAUUCAAGUUUGUGCCAUCGUCCAGAAUGAAGUCAUCAACGAGAAGCUCUUCCUAUCCGAUCCUCAUGUUGUCAUUUCUUUCAUUUCUCAUAGUGAUCCACUUCGUCCUAUUUUGGCUGUGCCUAGAACGGAACCGCACGCAUCACUUACACGAUUUGGAUUUGACGUCUAUCAAAAAGAGGAUCUUAAUCAUUACGACUUGGCGCUCCGGCUCAACAUUUCUGGGUGACCUCAUCAAAAGUGCACCGAGCGUGUUUUAUUCGUUCGAGCCGCUGUUGUACCUGGACAAUCACCCUGGAUCAAAGACCGAACUAAUCCAGUCCCUAUUCCACUGCCGGUUUUCUCUCGGUUACCUGCGCAGUGCCAACGGACUCACUGGCCUCCCUAACGACAUGCAGAGAAACAAACGAGUGUGGAGUGAAUGCAUCCACAACCGCACUUUGUGCUCUGAUCCGGAAUUUGUCGCUCACCUGUGCUCCAGUUUCCCCAUCCAUCUAAUCAAAACAGUUCGGUUAAGCGUCAAGGAAUUACCGGCGCUACUGGAAAGCGAUCCUGUAUUAUCCAAAGAAUUGAAAAUAAUCCACCUGGUUCGUGAUCCUCGCGCAAUCAUGACCUCAAGAGCCAAACUGAAAUGGUGUCAAAAUAAUCCGGCUUGUAAAAACGCCAGUCGUCUCUGCGCGGACAUGGAGGAAGAUCUGCAAUUGAUGAAUGGACUUGUGACUCGCUUUCCAAAUCAAUAUUACCGGUUGAAAUUCGAGGAUUUGGCUGUUGACGUCGAGAUGGAGACGGACAAACUCUUUCGCUUCUUGGAAAUGCCCGUCACCGUCUCCACCAGGGCCUUUCUCGACAGCCACACGAAAUCAAACGACCAGAAAAUGAAGGAAAACUUUUUAGAUUUCGACCAUUCGACGUAUCGAAAAUCAGACGCCGUGGCUUACGGAUGGAAAAAGAAAAUGGGGGAGAAAGUCAUUGCUAACAUCACGGAAAUCUGCAAACCAGCGUUGGAAAUGUUGAACAUGUUUUAAAAAACAUUUAUAAUUGCGUGUUUGCCUAAACAGUGCGCUCGUUAUCAUUUUUAAAAGUUUCCUUCUUUGAUUGACUGUAUUGUGUUUUAUUACUGGAUUCAAUUUUCAUCGAUUUAAUUGCUAAAGUUGCAUUAAAACAACAGCGCUAGCCAAGCGACUCCGCGUUAAUUGUUACAUAGAAUAUUUUAAAAAAGAAACAAUAGAUUUAUUUUAGUCUAGACAUUCAAUUUUAGAUUAAAGAUGAUGACACGUAUUAUUUUCCUAAAACUGAAGGUUAAACAAAUUUGUGUUUUUAAUGAAUGACUUAACACUUUCGUUUUUUGUUAGUUUUAUCAAUUUUGCAGUAAUCAUGGGUGUGUAUUGUGUUUCCUGUUUCCACUGAUGAGUGUCCUUCAUAUUCUGGUCAUCCGGCCUUAAAAAUGAAAAAGCUAUAGCAGUGUGAUCUUCACAACGAAAGAAAACUUUGAUCAGCAAAGGAGCAACAAUUAUGAGCACCACAACUUUUGUUCGUCUCGUCGGAGUCUCCAUCAUUUUGGCAUCGUCGUUGGUGAUGACAGAACCUCAGAGGACAGCCACCAGUACUGAAACAACUACUAUAAUUUCAACAGUAUUUGUCACCAGAAACUUUCUAUGUGCCAAACUGGUCAACGUGACGGGAGCGUGUCGCCGCAGCCGUGGCUUCCUAAUAGACGAGCCCGUCGUUCUAACGUUUGACGAGGAAUUAAAUGAGCCUGUGGAUAAAACGUUAGACUCUGUUUUACAUCCGCAGUUCAAGCCAUCCGCAACGCUCGGAGUGGAGGUGACGCCCUUGGUCUUGUUACCUGCGGCAAAUGACAACAGCCAACACGGUCUGCCUUCGCUUUCACCCGAGACAGACGAUGUCGUUCAGCCGUCGAAAUCGAACAAUAUCCGCACAGCCAGAAAUCAGGAUCCGCAAAUCUACAUCUCUCAUAUCAACGCCUUUUUCAGCAACAUUGUCAUAGUCAACAAUCAAACACCAAGGUCUUCCGUCACCGUUACCGUCACUCAAUCUAUCACACAGACAACAAGUAUCACGACGGGUACUACCAUCAGCUUCUUCCUGAUGUACUGCACUCCUCGUCCAUUCCCGUUUGUCACCUGCACUACCGGAAUCUCUGCGACCCAGUCCUUAUUUAAUGUACAGGGAUUGAUUGAAUAAAUCUGACGAUUUUUGCUAUCA